GGGAGCUGGCGUCAUUUACAGUAACUUCAGCACAACGCAGGCAGCUGCAGGAGUGCGUAGUGUGGGCUUCUUCCUCUGGUUGUUUUUCUGAGCUCUGCACACAGAAGCAUGUAUUGUUAUUGAUCUGCUUUACAAGAUAGCAUAAUGAACCCCAAGAGGCUGUUUUACAGAGAGGAGAUCAAUAAAACAGUUUGGCAAGUCCCCGAGAAAUACGUGAACUUGAAGCCAAUUGGAUCCGGAGCUUACGGCUCUGUUUGUUCAGCUAUCGAUCUCAAAACGGGAGAAAAAGUGGCCAUCAAGAAGCUGCAUCGGCCGUUCCAGUCAGAGAUCUUCUCCAAGAGAGCUUAUCGGGAGCUCAGCCUGCUGAAGCACAUGAAGCACGAGAAUGUAAUCGGGCUCCUGGACGCCUUCACUCCUGCUGCCACUCUAGAGGACUUCCAGGACUUCUACCUGGUCAUGCCUUACAUGGACAUGGACCUGUCCAAGGUCAAGGGAGUGCUCUCUGAGGACAAGAUCCAGUUCCUGGUUUAUCAGAUUCUGAAGGGACUCAAGUAUAUUCAUUCGGCAGGAAUUAUUCACCGGGAUCUGAAGCCAGGAAACCUGGCCGUUAACGAAGACUGUGAACUAAAGAUCCUGGAUUUCGGUCUGGCAAGACAUGCGGACCCUGAAAUGACCGGCUAUGUGGUGACACGUUGGUACCGAGCUCCAGAGGUCAUUCUCAACUGGAUGCACUACACCCAGACUGGGCUGGAGUCGCCCAUCUUCUCGUUUCCUCAGUGUUUCAGCUUGAAAGGAAAGGACUACAUGGAUCAGCUGACCGAGAUCGUGAAGGUAACGGGGGUCCCAGGACCGGAAUUUAUUCAAAAGCUGGAGAGCGUCGAGGCAAAGAGUUACAUCAGAUCUCUGCCGCAUUUCCCAAGAAAAGACUUCUCCCUACUCUUCCCUAGAGCCAGCCCCUCUGCGGUGAACCUGCUGGAGAGGAUGCUGGUCCUGGAUGCAGAGCAGCGCAUGACGGCCGCAGAGGGGCUGGCUCACCCGUACUUCGAGCAGUACCGUGACCCAGAGGAGGAGACGGAGACUGCCCCGUACGACGACACGCGUGAGAAAGCAAAGCUGACUGUCAGCGAGUGGAAGAGGCUCUGCUUCCAUGAGGUGACGAGCUUCAUCCAGUUCCCACGCAGGGAGUCCAAGCGGAGGAACACUCUGGUGCUGACGUGACUCGGCCCGAGAGGAAUGACCUGCCUUCGACACUCCUGAAUAUCUACACCACUGAGAAACUAAACCCAGAGAAACAAAGAACCACAGAAAUCUGUUACUGACCCCAGAGCCAGUCCGUGAGGAACUUCAAAUGACUUCAUUUCACUUAGAGUUUCCACUUUGGGAGAGGCAGUACACCAGUGCAGCUGACACAGUGUUGCUUCCAAGGCACAUUUUGAAAUGGCACAUUUUGGUUUGUUCUUGAGUUAUCAUUACUAUGAUCUAACUCGAAUAAAUACAAUUUCAGGACCAAAACUACAGUCUACUGCAAAACCAAAAAACAUUUCUUUAAACUUCUGCUCUUGUUGCUGAACUAGCCUUGCAAGUGAUAUAUUUAGGUUUACUUGAUAAAUGCAGUUUUAGUCAUUAUCCUCCAGCUGUUGGAAAGGUUUGGCCAAUUCUUAAAACAUCCCCUACAGCUGGAAAAGGAUCCGAAACUUGUCCUUCUGUUGCACACGCUUGACGUCUCCUGGGCUGCUCUCUGUCAUCAUGGAUGUGAAAUAUUCAGCAGUAAGGGGUUUUAAUAAGUGUCCACCUUGACAUCCUCUCUGCUCUGCUCUCUGGUGCUCCGAUUUAUUGUAAGAAAGCCUCCAAUAUAUUCUCUUAUAUCUCCUCAAAUGAAUUUGAUAACGAAUAGCUUGUUAAAGCAACUACAUAUUUAAAUAAUGCAUAAUACAGCUUUUUGUAUUAGGGAUGGACAGGUGAAAUGGCAGUCCUAUCAGCCCAGAGACGAUCCGACAGAGAGGAGAGGUGAUACAUUUAUUGGACAAGCCUCUUCUUCAGGUGAAAGCAGAAAAGAAGAGCCCUUUGAGGUCUUCAACGCUUGUGAUUUAGUCCAAUAAAAGGGAUCCCCUCUCCUUUUCUUCGUAUUGUGAUGUAUUUCUGUGCUUUGUAAAGUUUUUUCAGUUUAUUUAUUUUGGCCAAAACUGACCCAUAUACCAUAUUUUGUCAAGCACACAACAUAAUUCCCUAGCAGGUCUGUGGAAGAACACCGCAGUGUUCCACUUCAUUACCACACCAGAGGGCGUGGCCCACGACUACCACCAGCCUAUAGCAGUUGUGUGAACCAGGAUCAUUAUAACUUUUUAUACUCAUUUAAUGAAGGUUUUAUCUGCCACAAAUGUUCUCUAAUAUGACUCUAAGGCAAGAGAUUGCCGAGCUUCAGAAACAAAAAGAAAUUCUUAGAAGCAUUUACAAAACCGAGCAGUUUCUUGAUAGUAGCUUUAACCAAAUUAAUAAUAACAACUGCUGUGAAGUUCUGUGAAGAAUUAAAUGUAUUGCCAGUUACUAUUAGUAUCAGUAGAUGAGUUGGUUAACACCUCCAGCACCUCCAUGACUAACACUUUAGAACACAGAUGGAAGGGUACGAAUCUGCGUGUUCAUUACUGCAUGGAAAAGCCAUCCAGCUAAAUAUAGGAAGACUGUCCCACGCUAGAUCUUCAUACUAUUGCAACAAAUACAAAUAAUCCUAGGUUUCUUUUUAAUUCCAUAGAUAAAUUAGUAAAUCCACCUUCUAAUACAUCUGCCCCCACCAUUGACUGCAAUGACUUCUUUAAAGUAUUUCCAAAAUAAAAUACUUGACAUAUUAGAGAUAAGAUUUUACAGACUCCUUCUAUUAUGGACCAUUCUUACUUACCUGAACCAACUAGACCUGAUAGAGCGACGCUGGAGGCUUUUUCCUUGAUUACCUUACAAGACCAGACAGUGUUAGUUCCGCAUAUGAGACCUGCUUGUUCCCUUGAUCCUGUCCUGACCAAAUUAUUAAAAGAUGUAGUCUGUGUUAUUAAUGCACACAUUUUAACAAUUCUAAAUGAAUCGCUUUCCUGUGGUGUAGUCCCCUCAGCGUUUAAGGUUGUGGUGGUAAAGACCAUGCUCAAAAAAAAACAACCUGGACUCUAAAGCUUUUAACUAUAGGCCAAUCUCCAAUAUGCCCUUUUUGGCAAAGGUUCCAGAGAGAGUUGUUGCCAACCAAUUACACAGAUUUCUAGCAUGUAAUACCAUAUUUGAGAGUUUGUCAGGAGGUGUCCUGUCUUGGUUUAGUCCUUAUAUUUCUGGUAGGUUUAAAUUUGUCUCUAUUGGGGAGAUGAAGUCUGAUUUGUCAGAUGUUCUGCAGGGCUCUAUCUUGGGUCCUUUGUUGUUUUCAUUAUAUAUACUGCCAUUAGGUGACAUUAUCCGCAGGCUGGAGUGAACUUCCAUUGCUGUGCAGGUGACACUCCUCAGCUGUACUUGUCUUUUGUUCCAGGCAAUCCUUCUACUGGGGUGCUAUCAGCUGCUCGCCUUGCUGACAUUGUGUUGGCUGUCACAGAGCUUCCUAAUGUUGAAUUCUGAUAAAACAGAGGCUGUGUGGGCUCACAGCACCAACUAAAGAAUAUCAGUUUACGUAAGCUAGAUUUUAGCAGUCUCUAAUCGGAACUAAAACUGGAAAUGAGAAACUUGG